AGCAUUUCUGUGUUUUCGCAUACGUAGCUAUAUCAAUGAAAUUUCAUAGUUUCUUGAGUCAAAAAUUUGAAUUUGAAAGAAAAUUUGGAUUUGGUCAUUCGUAAAAUGGCGAGUUCAUCAUAUCAAGGAAACAAAAGUUAUAGCGAUCGUGAAAGCGAACAUCAUUACGAACACAAAGGGAAACUGUGAAAUUUUCUUGAUGCAGGUGACCAAAUCGCCAAAGAGAUGUCGUGUAUUAAUAUAAUUCUUCAAAAUUAUAUUGAUAUGGCGUCACACAGUGUCGAAAGAAGGAAAAAAUUACACUUGUUAUUGUCUACACUCUACAUCACCUUAUUGAGAUUGUAUAUAUGGUUAAAACUACAGUCAAAACCAUCUGGAUGGAUUUGUAUCUAUCCUGCCUAUAUUAAUAGCAAGAAAUCUCGGAAAGAAGGACGAAAGAUUCAAAAAGACUUUUGUGUGGAAAAUCCAACAUACCAAGAAAUUAAAGAUGUUUUGUCAGUGUCAAAUCUACGCAUUGGAAUUGAAAAUAAGCAGUACCCUCGGGAGAAGAGCAAGGAACUACAUCACCGUGGUCGCAUACGUGUUCAACUGAAAACCGAUGAUGGAUCUCCAUUUAAUCCUGAUUUUACUACUCGAGAGAGCAUUUUACUUCAUUUGGGUUGCAAAAUACCAUUGUUAAAAGUACGUCAGUCGGGUGGACAUACAAACGAUCAUACAACUCAUAAUCAAAGUCACCAAACUAACUAUGCGAAGAAAGGAAAGGGCAAGAAACGAUAGAUUUCAUAGUUCGAAUAGUGAAUCGAUGGAACACUAGAAUUCUUGAUUUUAUGUUUUUUUAAAUAAAUUUUCAACAAACAUAAUAUAACUAUAUUCUAGACAUA